GAUAAAAGAUAGGAGAUUUUUUAUUUUAGAUUCUCCCUCUGCAUACAACUGUGAAAUCUCAAAACAAUUUUGUAAUAUUUGUAGUGCGUUUUUUUAUAUAUCACAAAAAAAAAACGGAAAAUUUGUAAGAAAAACCAAAAAUAUUGAAGUGUUGCCAUGUUUGUAGUGCAUUAAGUGUGCGUUUUCUUUCCCUCUGCUGUAUUGCAAUUGUUCAAACGGAAUUGAUAAUAAACAAAAGAGCGAAAAAUGAAACUUUGGAAGGCGAAAAAACCGAUUAGCUGCGUACCCGGCAAAUCGGCCGCGUUGAAGAAUGAGGAUAAACUGGAUGGCGGUAAUAAUGGAGGCGGCAUACCGUUAACUCCAAUUGUAUCGGUUGAUCGCGCCAUGAGUCCUGCACAGUCUGAAGAUUCCGGUCUGGCACCCGAUCGUGGCACUACAUAUGCAACAAUAACAUUGCCACGUGACAGCGCCACUAAUAUGGGCAUCACAUUUGCAGAACGCAACGACCUCUCGUAUCCACCUGUUAUCGGCUCGCUUAGUCCACUGGGUCAUGCUGCGGACUUUCUAGCGCCCGGCGAUCGUAUUCAUCAAAUUGAUGGCAUCUCAACAAUUGGGUUGAGUAAUCAACACGUCAUGAGUAUGCUGUGCGGCGCCUGUGAUGGCACUGGUAACGGCUCGGCCGGUGUUGACGGCUCUGGCGAGGCACGCGGUGCGCCUGCUGUUGUGGAAAUUGAAUAUUCUCUGCCCGAAUAUAUCUCCCAGAAUAGUUUAUGCGUCACAUCGAAAUUAGCGCAGAUCACUGUGGAGCGUGAGAGUGGCUGCUUAGGCCUAACGCUACGUGGUGGCGGUGAUUUUCCAUUGAUCGUAACGCAUGUACGGCCGCAUGGACCUGUCUACAAGACCGGACGCAUCAAACCGGGCGACCGGCUGUUGCGUUUGGAUAAUCUAUCGCUCAUUGGCAAAACUUUGGCAGAGGCCCAACAGAUAAUCAAGUGUGGCGGUCACGUUUCCGGUUAUACAAAUCUUACAGUCGAAUAUGAUGUGUCGGUGGUGCAGAGUGUUGAAUUCUCAAUGGGUCCCCUUUUGAUUGAAAUCGAACGUCCGAUGAAUGAUAAAUUGGGUUUGGUAUUGUGCAACUAUCCGGCGGCUAGUCAUAUGGAUCAUACGAAGAUCGAUGAGGUCAGCGCGGCGGGUAUUUACAUAGCGAGUAUAAUGCCAGCGAGUAUUGCAGACAGAUGUGGCGCCUUGUCUGUGGGUGAUCAAGUGCUCUCCAUUGACGACACCAUAAUCGAGAAUUCAGCCUACAGUCCGGACGAGGUGAUGACAAUGUUGGAUGCGAACACAGGCCGCGGCUACACGCAAAUGCAAAUAAUGCCGGCGCACGCGUUGACGCGAAGAGGUCACACAACGCUCGGCAGUCCGAAGUAUGGUUUCAGCACGCUGGAGUCACGCAAGUCCCGGCAACGUCAGCGUUUCGUACGGAAAAGUUCGCUGCCACUAGAUGGCGGUGGCGGUGGCUGUGGCGCUGGCAGCAGUUGCAACGGCGGUGGUGGCGGCGGGGGCGGCAGUACGGGCAGUAAUAGUGGCACAGCGAGCAACGCGAGUGGCGGCAGUAGCGCCAGCGGCAGCAGCAAUGGUGUUAACAGCAGUGCCUCUUCAAGUGGAGCUGGCGGUGGCAGUUUGAAUGUAAGUGGAGUGGGCACACUGCAUCAUCAUCCCAGCGCCAUUGGCAUUUGCCGUUCCGAAACAUUUCCCGUGCUGUUGGACUGCAGUCAAGGUUCGGGCAUAGUGCUCGGUCUGCCCACUGCGUGUGGACGUGCCGUUACAAUAGCGCAGGUAUUGGCCGAUUCGGUGGCCGAUCGCAGCGGUUCGAUACAGAAGGGUGAUCGCAUUGUGGCCAUUAAUAAAAUGUAUAAUUUGGACGUGCAGACUAUGCGUCAGUUGUUGGGUGAGAAUCGUACGUUGCAGUCGCAGAAGGCACAACAGCAGACGCCAGCUGCAAAUUGGUUGGAAUUGGAGAUUGAAAUCGAUAUGGCGGACUCGGUGGUGCCGUCGAGUGGUGUGUAUAAUGUAAAGUUGUUGCGUGCAGGCAAAUCGGGACUGGGCAUAACGGUCAAUGGUUCUAGUCAUGGCGGUUUCGUUAUUUCCGAUGUGAAACCCGGCAGUCCGGCACAUCGUACGGGUUCGCUGCGUGGCGGCGAUAUUCUGCUGGCCGUGGAUAAUCAUCCCGUACAACAUUACAAUGUCGACUCAUUGUUGAAGGAUAGUCCGGCGGCAAUUGAUUUUACCACACUCACUGUGAAACGUGUCAUGUUGCCGGAUUUCCUCUUUGAUGCCCAACAGAAGAUGCCAAAUCCCAUUUAUAGCAAUUGCCCGGGCAGCCCGAGUGAUCAUGAUCUGUACAGCUCAGCCGCUUAUGUCACGUCCAAAUUCAACGAUUGCUUGUCAUUAAAGUCUACCACGCCACAGUCGGAUUUCUACCACAACACCUCUGGCAUGGACGACGGCUGUAGCCUGCAGUCGGUGCAAAUGCGUCAUCAUCCACAUCCCUGCAACACCUGGAGUGCCAACACUUCGGCAAUGGGUCGUUCUUUUGCUGCGCAAAAUACACAGAGUCUGACCACCGAGUUGCCGGACAAUGACGACAGUAACUAUCAGGACUUCCCCGGCUAUGACUUAGAUCGGUAUGCAAGCGCCGACUGCAGCGCUCUACCACCACCGAUGGAGAGCAAAGUUUACGGCUCGGCAGCAAGCUCGAGCAGUAAAAGUAGCGGCAGCAGUCUACACCAAAUCAUCUUCACCGUACGUCUCGAACCGAAAGGUGGCUUGUUGGGCAUUACGCUUGCGGGCAGCGAGGACGUCAGUAAGCCCAUAACCAUAAGUGGAAUUGUAGAGGGUGGCAUUGCACACAAACAUGGGCAAAUCCAAGUGGGAGAUCAAUUACUCGCGAUCAAUGACGACUCAGUGCAAGGCAUCCCACUCUCGUUGGCCACAAACAUCUUACAGAAUCUCGGCGAGACAGUCGACCUGAAAAUACUACGCACACACGAGAUAUCCAGCAUAAUGGGCGGUGGAAAUUUGGAGGGUGUCAAUAUGCCACAACCACAAGCGAUUUAUGCCAAAGUACAACGACGUCCACGUAGUCCCUCCUCGAACACCGACGCCACUUCGACGGCUGGUGGCAAAGAUGCGAAACAUCGUGUAUUCCAUGUGACCUUGAAAAAGGAUAAAGUUUACGAUGAUUAUGGUUUCUCGGUGUCGGAUGGUUUGUACGAGCGUGGCGUGUUCAUCAAUCGUAUACGCACGGGCGGACCGGCGGAUUUGAGUGGGGUUUUGAAGCCCUUCGAUAGGAUUAUGCAGGUGAACGAGAUGAAGACCCAGGACUUUGACUGCUGCCUUACAGUGCCUUUGAUUGCGGCCGCUGGCGACAAAAUCGAGUUGAUCAUACAACGCACUGAAUGA